UCGAGUUGUUGCGAUAAGUAUACAGAGAGAGAGAAGAAAAAGAAAAUAUACCCAACCAAAAACACCAUUUUCUCUGUAUAUCUAUUAUAUAUAGAGAAAGAGAGGAUUUUGUUAAGGAUAGAGAAUCCAAGAGUGAUAUACACACACUAUAUAUAGAGAAAAGUUGAAAAAUGAAAUUCAACACAGAAAAUAUGGAUAUGGAGUGGCCUGUUUUUUUGGAUGAAUAUGAAAAGCUUGUUUUUCGAAUGACUACUCCAAGGGUUAUGAUCGACAAUGCCAGUUGUUCAAACGCCACCCUUGUUAUGAUUGAUACUGCAAGGAAACAUGGAAUUCUUCUUGAAGCAGUUCAAGUUCUCACGGAUCUGAACCUUUCGAUCAAGAAAGCUUACGUCUCCUGCGAUGGUCGAUGGUUUAUGGAUGUUUUUCAUGUUACUGACUUGGAUGGAAACAAGUUAACAGACAAAAAAGUCAUCAGUUACAUCGAACAGUCACUUGAGACAAUUCACUGCGCAAGUUCAAAGAGCUACAAUGGCUUGACAGCUCUGGAACUAACUGGGACGGAUCGAAUUGGCCUUUUAUCGGAGGUCUUUGCCGUACUAUCAGAUUUACAAUGCAACGUAGUUGAAGCUAAAAUGUGGACUCAUAAUGGUCGUAUUGCCUCCCGGAUAUACAUAAAGGAAAGCCACUCGGGGUCCCCAAUUGAGGACUCACAGAAGAUUGACAGAAUUAAAGCGCGUUUAAAGAACGUGCUUAAGGGGGAUAACGAUAUUCGAAGUGCUAAAACAUCUGUGUCUUUAGCUGUCACGCAUACAGAAAGAAGACUUCACCAAAUGAUGUUUGCAGACCGGGAUUAUGAAAGAAAGCCAGUGAUUAGGACUAGUGACGAUACCCCAAUAGUAUCGGUAUUAAACUGUUUGGAAAAGGGUUAUUCUGUAGUAAAUAUUCAGUGCAAAGAUCGAACUAAGCUUCUGUUUGAUGUCGUUUGCACGUUAACAGACAUGCAGUAUGUUGUGUUCCAUGCCACAAUUGAUUCUGCUGGGGACAGGGCAUACUUGGAAUUCUUCAUUAGGCAUACAGAUGGAACCCCGAUUAGUUCAGACGCUGAAAAGCAACGUGUGAUUCUAUGUCUACAAGCUGCAAUCGAAAGAAGAGCAUCUGAGGGGGUGAGGCUGGAACUAUGCACAGGAGAUAAACAAGGAUUAUUAGCCGAUGUAACGAGAACAUUCCGGGAGAACGGCCUAAACGUGACAAGGGCUGAGAUAUCAACCACAGGGGAUUCAGCUCUAAAUAUAUUUUACAUAACAGAUGCAAGGGGAAAUCCAGCCGAUUCAGUGAUCAUUGAGUCUGUUAGGGAACAAAUCGGAUGGAGUGACUUGAAAGUGAAGGAAUUGCCAUUGAUCAAUCAUCAAAAGGUUGAUAGAGAUGAGCCCGCAGUGGGUGUAGGCGGGGCCAUGUUGGUGUCACUUGGUAGCAUAUUUAGAAGGAAUCUCUACAACUUGGGGUUGAUCAAGUCAUUUUCUUGAUGCAAGAAAAAUGAAUCUUCUCAUACCAACUUACCAAAAAAGAAGAAUAGGAGAAGUUCAUAUUCCCCCCAAUUCAGACUUUGGAAGCCUCAAAGGACACUUAAUUUCAAAUGGCAUGUUUACAUAGCUUAAGGAUUAUGGUAAAUUGCUUAGUUGUUCUAGAAAAAUUGCAUAGCUUUUUUAGAAUCCGACACACCGGGCGGUAUUUUUUAAGAGGCCGAGCAACAUAGGGUGAAUGGUAUUGGGAGCCACUUAGCCUACCGAACAAGUUGGAAUGACGACGUACAUGAAUUUUCGUUGUUCAUAUUGCUACAUUUAAGCAAGCAGUGGAUGGCUAUGCAACGACGCCUCAAGCUUGAAGCUAAUUGGGGUCAACUAUAAGAAUCUUCACUGUCCAUGAUGCUCCAUUUAAGCAUGCAAGGGAUGGGUAUACAACGAGAACGCCUCAGUCUCAAGCAACUUGAGAUCAGCUACAUGAAUCUUCAAUGUCUAUGUCGCUCCACUUAAGCAACACUGGAGGGGUAUACGAUAAAAAGGCCUUCAUCUCAAGCAAUUUGAGGUUAGCUAUAUGAAUUGUGUGUAUCGCUCCACUUAAGCAGGCGGUGGAGGGGUAUACAAUAAAAACGCCUUUAUCUCCAGCAAUUUGAGAUCGACUUUAUGAAUCUUUACUAUCUAUGUCAUUCCAGCAGGCAAAAGGGGCCAAACAGUGACUUACUAGGAAGGUUAGGCUGUAGAGGAAGUUGGCAUUAGACACACUGUAUAUAUGUAAAUAUCCACUAUUUUUAAAUGCUAACUUUAAUGUUUGACUUCAU